CUAGAUGAGAUGACAUGAAAUCCACCCUUAAAUAUGAGUCUUACUUUUAUGUUUUAAAAGCAACUAUAUAAAAUUCAUCUUGUUAUAACUCUUGAGACAGCAAGGCCCAUUCUUUUUAUUUCUUUAACUGACAAGGUAUAGUAUUCAAUAAGUUAAGCAUCAGGAUCAUAUACAUAACUAGCAAAUUUUUUAUUGGUUAUAAAGGUAACUCUACUGAGCAUCAUGUUUGUGUGAAGCAUAGAGGAGUGUCUUGAUUUUGAACAUGACAUUUAAGAUAUUGGAACACCACAUUACAUUCUGAUCUCUUAUCACACUGAAAAACUGAAGAACAAAAACAAAACAGAUUGAAUAGUACAAUGAGCGAUUUAAACAGUGAAAGAUCAAAGACAUGGAACAUAUACACAGCUUCAAACCCAGGACCAUCACAUUCACAGACAGGAGUUGAUGAGGAAGGUCCAUGGAAAAGCUUUGGAACAUCUAUGAGUGCUAUAUCUUUUGGUUUUGUUGCCACAGCCAUUUUGAUUUCAAUGUUUCUAAUAAUGGCCAUUUUUGAACAUUUAUUUAAACCAACUCCACAAUCUUCUAUGAUGCCAAGUUAUCAGGAAGACCACUCACUACCAACCACAAAACAAGCAAAUGCACAAUCAGUUUCAUCGUCUUAUGCGUGUGAUUUGUCAGUAUUGAUGCCGGGGCAGCAAUAUCCUACCUACAUUGCACAACCAGCACCUCUGCCUUGUCCAAGGGAAGGAGCUUGUUGGCCUUCUCAUCAUGAACAUCAUUUUGUAUUUAAUUAGCACUAAUUUUUCUAACCUACAAACAAAUUAUUAUUAAUGGAUUUAUCUGUAUACAUUAUUUACAGACACAAGAGAUUAUUGGGGGUGUAUUUGUAUAUUUACAAUGUUAGGCCUGUUGUUUCCAACUUGGCUGUCCUCCAAUGUACUUCAAAUUUGUGAAACCGCAACACAAUUUCUUCUCAUGUUCUACAAACAACAAGACUUCACUUGACAAA